CAGAGUUUGACAGGUAAAUAAAUCCUUGCCAUUCCUCUGAGUGUCUCACUUCCCAUAUAUGCUAAACGCCAUAUAAAAGUUCCUGUCUGAUAAAGCUCCUCAUUCAGUCGACUUUUAUCUUCUAAAUGUGUUUCCAAUGGAUGAGGAAGAUUUAUCAGUAUCUCCGAGGGAGGUGUGCCCACCGGAACAGGGGCUACAGCAAUGAGAUCUCCUCGCACCACAGCGGCAGCAGGGGCUUGUCAAACCUCCAUGGACAUGGCUCCUUCUUUUGUGGUGGGGAAGGCUCAGUCAUCUACAGCCGGAGACCUUCAUUUGGCCAGCCCAUCCCAACGUCGUCCACCUACGGCAUUGCUGGGGGCUACACAUGUGGUGGGGAUGGAUCUAUUAUAAUAGACAACAGCAGCAGUGGGGGAACGUCUGGCUGGGGCACUGCGGGGGGGACAGUCCCAGUCUAUGGCAGUGGUGGUGGCGGAUCCACCUGCCACACUGGGACACUGGGCAGCACCGAAGGAUGCGGCUCCGCAUACGGGUAUGAUGCGUCACCAAGAGAAAAUGCCUUAACAGGUGGGGUGAGAGGUGGGUCGGGGUAUUGUAGCACAGGAUCAGGCUAUGGCGUCAGGGGACACCCAGGCCCAGAGCUCAGCUAUGGAGAUGGUGGUUCCUUCCAGGACAUGCAGCAGAAAUGCCCCGUUGUCGUUCCCAACAUCAAGGCCCAGCAGAGCAAGCAGACCAGCCAGUGGCCACUCAGCCAGAAGAAGUGACUGUCCCAGCAGCCACCCCUGCUCAGCAAAAGUGCCCUGGAAGUGCCAUUACGGUUGGGGAGGUUUGCCUUCCUCGUGGUGGGCCGUGCUGGCAGUGCUGCUGUGCGCACCGCUUGGGAAGUGCUUUGGUGACAGGAGAAGAGUCCUUCCUCCAUCUCCUUCUGCUGAUGGGUUGGAAAAUAAAGAUUCAUAGUCUGGGAAA